AUGUUUGCAGCAAUCACAAAAACAGCAGCAGCAACUUUAUUGCUUGUCUUACCAGCCGCUGUCUGUGCUGCAUCCAGUGGGGUCCAAACAUCGACACAGGACUUUAAUGUAACCUCACCGCUGGACCAUGGUGUCUAUGUCUGCGGACAAAAGCUUCCCAUCACAUAUGUACUUCUCGGCGACUCAUCUGGCCUCGAACUGAAUAUCUAUAUGCGUCCAGUCAAUGUGAAUGCUACAACCGUCACCAUUGCCCAGAAAGCCGACGUAUCCGAACACGCUUCAUCCAUCGUCACCAUCAGCAACCGCACUUUUUGGGAACACUCGUAUAACUACAACAUCCCGCAAAACGAUACGCCCGCCGGUAAUUAUGAGAUUGUAUUCGAGUCUGUCGACGCUGGCCGAAACACGACCGUACCGAUCAGUAUCCGUCCCUAUGUGCCAACAUCUGCACCCGUGCCCAGUGCAACAGGCUCUUCUGUGUCUGCUCUACCAAGCAACUCGUCGCCAUCUUCAUCCAGUGGCCACCGCGCGCAAAACCAAGUGAUGAACAGUUUCGGUGUUGUUAUUGCGCUUGUCGGGUUCUUUACUGCAAUAAAUUAG